UUGCUUAUUUAAUUGCAGGAGAAUGUCUGAUGGGCUUUUCUUGAGAAAAUGCAGAGAGGCAGCAGAAAACUGUAAAGAUAUUAAAUUUAAUGAAAUGUAUCUGGAUACUGUGUGUCUGAAUAUGGUUCAGGAUCCAUCACAAUUUGAUGUGCUUGUUAUGCCAAACUUGUACGGUGACAUCCUCAGUGACUUGUGUGCUGGACUGAUUGGGGGUCUUGGAGUAACACCAAGUGGAAAUAUCGGUGCUAACGGAGUUGCGAUUUUUGAAUCGGUUCAUGGAACAGCACCAGACAUUGCAGGAAAAGACUUGGCAAAUCCAACUGCCCUUCUUCUGAGUGCUGUGAUGAUGUUGCGUCACAUGGGCCUACACCAACAUGCCACAAAAAUUGAGACAGCUUGCUUUGAUACAAUUAAAGAUGGAAAGGUCUUGACAAAAGACUUGGGAGGUAGUGCCAAGUGUUCGGAAUUCACAGAGGAGAUCUGCCGCAGAGUACGGGACACAGACUAAACUUCUCUCCUACUACUUGUAAUAACUCCAGUAGGACACAUGAUGCAACGUCCAUUAUAUGUAACCUGAUAUCCACGUGCAUAUAGUUUGCUUGUCUCUUAAGAGAGCAAACUUUUUAGUUAGGGCCUCUCCAUUAAUAAAUUUAGUCCAAAUGGCUACAGAUGA